UUAUAAUUUUCUUUUCUUUUCUGUUAAUUACUACAACAAAUAUACUCCUAUUCAAAAAUGGCCAUUAAAUCUAAGACCGUCAAGGCUCCAGAAGCCUCCAAGCUCACCUAUAAGGAUAUGAUUAAGUCAGCAAUUGCUACUCUUAAGGAAAGAAAUGGUUCAUCUCGUCAAGCUUUGAAGAAAUACGUUCAAUCAAACUAUGAUAUUAAGGCUGCUAACUUUGAUUCUCUCUUCAACACUGCCUUGCGUAAGGGUGUUGAAGUUGGUGAUUUCUUACAACCAAAGGGUCCAUCCGGUCCAGUAAAGGUUGCUAAGAAGGAAAAGGCCCUUCCAAAGCCAGCUAAGGUAACCAAGCCAAAGGCUGCUCCAGCCAAGAAGGCUACUACUACCAAGAAGGCUGCCCCUGCCAAGAAGGCUGCUGUUUCCAAGCCAAAGACUGUGACCAAGAAGGCCGCUGCUCCAGCUAAGAAGGCUGUCGCUAAGAAAGCCGCUGCUCCAAAGAAGGCUGCUACCACCUCUAAGGUAACCAAGAAGGCUGCUCCAAAGAAGAAGGUUGCUAAGAAAUAAUUCAAUGGAUAAUAAUUGUUCCAAAAAAAGAAAAUAACUUUAGAUGUCAAUAAUUUUACUGGUAUAGUAUAUUGUUUGUUUUUUGAGGUUGUUGUUUUUUAUUGUUAAAGGUUGGUGUGAGGAAAAGUGGGAAACUUUCUUUUCCUUUUAAUUUGCAACCAAUCAUCAUUCUACAAUGUGGCCAAUUUGUUGAUUAAAUCAUCUUUUGAUACCUUUAAUUCUGUCUUCCUUUUUUUUGUUGUGUGUUUUUUGUAUAUUAGUGGUCUAGGACAAGAAUAAUUGUUCCUUUUACUUAUGGCAAUCUUGUGUUUUUUAUGUUAUAAACAGAUCUGUAUUUUUA